AUGCCAUCUCUGUCUGCCGUUUCUGCGAGUUCGUUUUCAUCGUUCUCAUCGUCGUCGUCCGAGCUUCAGAAGCGGAUAAAGAAGAAGACGAACGUCUCGCGAGGACGACGAGGAGGCGCUCGAGGAUUACGAGGAGGACGUUUUCAUCGGACGACGAAAGCGGAAAGCAACACCAACAACGGCGACGACUCCGUCAAAAUCGAGAGGGAAGGGUUAGAACGACGGGAACCGAGGAGAAGAGGUCCGAGGAGGAAGAUCGCGCGAGUGGUCGUCAACAAAGAGGAAGAAGAAGAAGACAAAGAAGAAGACAAAGAAGCUUCGAAGCGUUUGGUGAGAGAAGAAGGAAAGACAAAUACGAAGACUACAAAGAAUACGAAGAAGAAGACAUCGAUGACGAUGACGGAACGAUGGCAAAAAGACCCACUCUCGGCGUUGAUUUCCAUCCCUCGAAUCGCGCUCGGGGCGGCGGAAGAAUUAAUCGUCGAGAAAGGCGGGAACCCGUCCGACGUGUUGGAGGAAAUCGGGAGGAACGUGCCGCGAUUGGUAUCGUCGUCACCGUUUAGUAGUAGUAGUAAUAAUACUAACGACGGCGACGACGAUACCGAGAGUGUUGAGAACAUUUUGAGAGAUUUAGAAAGAGAGAUGGAACGGUUGGAGAGGAAAGGUGCGGACGCGGCGAGACCGAUGAGAGAGGCGUUGGUGAAACCGAACUUGGAUGAAGAGACGUACGAGAGGUAUUUCGCGUACCCUUCAUCAAAAGGCGAAGGGGAGGAGGACGACGAAGACGAAGACGAAGACGAGGACGAGGAGGGAGGAUUUUACGACGCGAGUAAAGAUACCGGGAGCGACGAAGAGGUGGCAAAAGCGGCGAGUGAUAUCGCGGAUGCGUUGAGUGGGAUGGAUUUAGCGGAUUUGUACGCGGAAAAGAAAGAGGAAAAGGGAAGGAGCAAAAGCGAGGAGGGAGAACGAGGAAGGCGGUUGAACGUAAUCGCUGAAAGUAACUCGAGAAAGGCAGAGAAGGACGGCGUGUCACCAGAAGCGGUGGAGUAUACCAUCGAGGAGAACUUAUCGAACGUCGUGAUGGAAACAGCGACGGUGUCUUCGACGAGACGAAGAGUAGUAUCGAGCGCUACCUCUUCUUCAGCGACACCUGCGACGACGAUUGAAAUCUCAAACAAGUACUAUUCUUCCGCCGCGAUAUCACCGGAAGAACGAAAGGAAGAGAAAAAAGAAAAGGCAACGGUGGUUAGCAUCAAAGAUACGAGUAGUUACGUACAAAAAUUCAACGGUAAAUGGAAACGAGACGAUCAACUGGACGAAUCGAAACUGAUGGAUUUAUUCGAGAUGAACCGGUUGUUCCGAGCGGCGAAUAGCGCCUUGACGCAGUUGGAUGUAGGAGCGACCACUUCAAAUUUCUCGCUCAAAGCUUCGUACGGAAUCAUCUCCGUCAACGAAUCGUACGCUUACGAUUCGGAAGUGCGCCAAAACAGACGAGAUGCGAGAUCGGGAGCUCAAUUCGGACGAGCGACGUUAGACGCCCAAUCGGAAUCGAUAACGCUCGAGUCGCGAUGGACUGAACCUCUCGAAGGAAACAUGACGGAAACGUUCGAAGUUGAUGAGAAUAACCGCCUCGUGCGCAAAGCGAAGGUGACCCUCCUCAACACCAACAAAACCUGGGAAGGCGUUUACGAAUACAAGCGCGUGUAA